AUGGCAGAGCCAAAACCGGUGGACAUACCCACUGCAAAGGGCGAAGACAUGCAUACCGACAGCGACGCAGCAUACACCCCUGAUCACACCGAGGCGCACUCGUCGUCUUUCGCCUCUUCGCCGCCUGAUCACGAUGGCCUCCAUACGCCCACCAUGGCCCCUACCAACCCGGGAAGCCCCAGGCUCUCGAGGAAUCCUUCCUUCUCGGGCAGCAGCUCUUACCACGAAGACUGGGACCCCUUCCCGCCCCUCGACCGCCUUACCAUGCUCGACCUCCUCGAUAACUUCGCGCUGCCGCAACAGCUCGAGAAACUUCAAAAAGGCAUUUCCGCCCAGACACAGAAGGUUCGGAAGUCGAGAGAUGCUUUCAGGAAUAAGAGCCAGCACGCGCGAGAGCGCAUGGUAGAGGAGUGGAGGCGUCGCGUUCCCACCGCCGAAGAACAGUUGGAGAGAUACAGGAAGCGCAUGCGCGUCAGCGUCGAUAAGCUCGGCAAGCAGUGGAACGACACCAGAGUGGUGACCAUGCGAGAGAAGGUCUCUUUCAUCUGCGGCGUCAUGAACAUCUUCGCCAGCGGACUACUCAUGGGUGGCUACCCCGAAUACUUCCAUCUCUGGUAUUCGGUCCAGGUCCUAUACUUCAUGCCCAUCCGCUACUUCACUUAUCAUCGCCGAGGAUACCACUACUUCCUGGCCGACCUCUGCUAUUUUGUCAACUUCCUCCUGAUGCUCAGCAUUUGGGUCUUUCCUGGCUCGAAACGACUCUUCCUGUCCGUCUAUUGUCUGGCCUUUGGCAACAAUGCUGUCGCCAUCAUCAUGUGGAGAAACUCGCUGGUUUUCCACAGUUUCGACAAGGUCACCUCUCUCUUCAUCCACAUUAUGCCUUGCGCAACUCUCCAUUGCAUAGUUCACUUAUGGCCUGAAGAGAUGAAAUCUGUCCGGUUCCCCGCGACAUGGACCAUCCAGCACUCUCCAGCCGGCUCACCAACUGCUUAUGGAAACGUGGUGUCCAUGUUAGCGUGGAGCUCCAUCCCCUACGCUGUCUGGCAACUGUCAUACUACUUCUUCAUCACCGUCCGGCGGCGGGAGAAGAUCGCGGCCGGCAGGCCUACUUCUUUUACAUGGCUGCGAAAGUCGUACUCAAAAAGCUGGAUAGGCAAGCUGGUGCUUUCGCUCCCGGACUCCCUGCAAGAAGCGGCAUUCAUGCUGAUCCAGUACUCAUAUGCGGUCUUGACGAUGCUCCCUUGUCCCAUUUGGUUCGCGAGCAGAUACGCGUCGGCCGGUUUUCUGAUGAUCGUCUUCACAUGGAGUGUUUACAACGGAGCAACCUACUACAUUGAUGUGUUUGGAACACGCUUCCAGAAGGAGCUGGAGUCGCUCAGAGCUGAGGUCAAGCAGUGGCAGAAUACACCGGAAAUGGCCGGCCAUUCCCCUCUCAUCACACCGAACCCGGAUGGGACCGCGCCCAGCGAGCUGCAACUAUCCUCCGGCGUUGAAGAUGACGGCAAGAUUGAUUCCGCCCUUCAACACGAAAAUGAGGAUAACCAGGAGAAAACGAAUGCCGGCGCACGUGGGGUAGAUGGGAUCCCGCUGCUGAGCGAGGAGCUGCCUGCCCAGGCAGAAGCCUCUGGUGUCGAUGGCGGGGCCAGAGACGUAGCUAGGGAGAGGAAGGCAAUUCCUUUGGAAUGA